UUGGUGAAAUUUCCAGCAAAUCUCAGCCAGUCAACAUGGCCCAGUGUAGUGAAGAUAUCAACAAGGUUCGACAGUUUGUAGCAAAAGUUAAAAACUUUUCAUCACAAUACAAUUCUAGUAGUUGGUCAGCCAAUACAGUGAUUGGACCUCCCAGAGUGUACCCACAACAUGGAGAUCUGCACGGAGCCUGGGCAAGCAAGGAUAUUAAUGCCCACCAGUUUGUUGAGGUUCAGUAUCAAGAAAAAGUUUAUCUGACUGAAGUCAAUGUUUAUGAGACUUACCAUUCAGGAGGCACAAAAAGCAUCAAAGUUAAAAACCCUUCUGGGAAGUGGGAGACAGUUUAUCAGACAAAUCAAGUUACAUGUAUGAAGAAAAGCAGGAUCUUUUCUCCGCCAAUUCAGAAACCUGCCUAUCAAGUAGAUGAAUUAAGGAUUGAAGUUGACUGCACUGCAGCUGGAACGUGGGUAGAGAUUGAUGCAGUGGAGAUGGUUGGUACCAAAUUUAAUUUUGAAUUACCAGAACCACCAGCACAGUUGUCCAAAGAUAUGGGUCAGCUGGUCAAUUCUGACCUUUUUAGUGAUGUCCAGUUUUCUGUGGAUGGUAGAAUUUUCCAUGGUCACAAGGCGAUACUGACCGUCAGAUCAGACUUCUUCAGAGCCAUGUUCUGUGAUCAAAUGAGGGAGAGUAGGGCAAAUGAACCAAUAGAAUUAAAGGAUGUCAGUGCUGAUGCCUUUGGAAUAAUUCUUCAUUUUAUCUACACCAAUGAGAUUGCCCAGAAUUCUGACUGGCUUUUACUGCUAGAAAUAUGGAGAGUGGCUGACCAGUUCUGUCUUGAUGGCCUGAAGUCGAUAUCCUUCAUCAACCUUUGCUCCAACCUGAACACUGAGAAUGUGGUGGAUAUCUAUGUAGAGGCCUCAACUAAACUCCCAUUGAUAGAGGACUUGAUGACAGCAGCCAUGGGAUUUAUGAGGUCAAAAAUGGAUGAGGUUGUCCGACAGCCAAACUUCACAUCUUUACCUAAAGAUGUAAUGGUGGAAAUAAUCCAACACAUGACAGAGAAGAUGUCCAUUUCUGAUUCCAAAUAAAGGAGACAGCCAUUUUAUUAGGUCACAUGACUCAGGAAAACAAGGAAAGAUAGCCUGGGAAAAUAAGAUUCACACUAUAAUUUAUAAAUGCACAGGUAUGGGUUAAGAUGGUAAUGUAAAUGUAUGUACAUGUACUAAGCUAUUUUCAUUGAAAAUUGCCUCAUAUAUACCGGUACUCUGUGUAAUUAUGUACAAAUAUAAGUUAAUUUCCAUGAAGUACAUGUGGUAGUUU